AUGACCGCUCGCCUCCGCAGCUCUCCAAGGACUCUCUCUCGCAAUUGCCCUAGCCGGCGUGGUGCCUGCUUCGUCAAGGCGGCGUCCGUGGUCCUCAUCAUCUCUGUGCCCAUUCCCGCGAAGGUAACCUACCUGCUCAUCACCACCUCCAAGGAGGGGUGCUGGACCGAGGAGUUCAAGGCGUACCUGCUUCAGGGGACUCUGCCGGAGAAGGAGGAAGACGCAGAGCGUGUGGCUCGCCAGGCCACCGCCUACUGCAUUCAGGACGGUGAGCUCUAUCGGAAGAGGCCAAACUACGUCUCUUUGCGGUGCAUCUCCAGGGAGCAAGGACACGAGCUGUUGGCGGACAUACACGGCGGAGACUGCGGGCAUCACUCUUCGUCACGCACCCUCGUGGGCAAGGCGUUCUGCAGUGGGUUCUACUGGCCCACGGCUCUCAACGAUGCUAUCGAGCUGGUGAGAUCAUGCGAAGCCUGCCAAUUCCAUGCCAAGCUGAUCCACUAG